UCCACGUUGAUAAAUAGCUAAGUCCUAAGGGUGUAUUUUGUCAACUGGUUUAGAUAUUUGUAUACUCAUCUUCAGAGUUCAAUUAAGUUUUGUUCACCACUUUCUCUCCUUCGCAGAAGCUUAAAGUGGGAAAGAUCCGCUGACCUUUUCAUUUCUUCGCCUUCAGUCACAGCGCGAAACGGAUCUCUAUAACGAACCACUGUUUUAUCAGUUAUCGUUUGAUAAAUAAAGUGCAGAUUUUGAGCGCAUUUUCGUGCUAGUGUUGCAUAACGUAGUACAAAUUUUAAGGCCAAAAAUAGAAAGUAGACUAAUUAACAAAAAACAUUAAAUUUCAGAGAUUUUCUCCUAGAAAACACUCAAAAAGGAAGACCUCGUAACCUUCACUGAAUUUAUCAAAUUAGAUUGCUUUCUUAAAGUCGACUGGAAAACAUUAACCAGAUUAAACGAAAAGUGGUCAUGGCUGAACAAACGCCAUGUUGCUGAAAUCUUGCAUAUUAAUUUAGCCGUCGACAAAAUAUAUGCGCUACUAUAUGAAGGAUUUCAGUGAUAUGGUUCGGCGGCUGUUCCUUCAAUCAGCCAUGACCAAUUUUCGGUUCAUCUGGUUAGUGUUCAGUUUAAGUCAAUUUCAAGGGCGCAGUCGGAUUUCAUUGAUUGAAGACGAUGAGUUCCUCCUUUGUUGAGUUUUUAGGAGAAAAUGUCUGAAAUUUCUUUCUUUUUAAUUAAUUUAGUUCCUAUUUUUGGCGGUUAAAUUUCUAGUACGUCAUGCAAAGUUAGCACCAUAAUGCAUGUUAAUGUAUUUUAGAAUGCAUCACUAUAUGGCGGGAAAUAGAAGUGUAUUCUCCGAUUACUCUUUUGCGCUUGCCAAGCUAGGGCAACGUGUAGUUUAUCCCUAGGAUGUGUUUCAGUUUUAGAUGUGUUCAGAGCAAUCAGUCUACCGAGAGAAUCAGUGCAGUGAUUGCAAACAAAACUUUAAGUGUACAAUCGUCUGGACCGUUAUUGACAGUUGUUAUUUCCUGCAGAUAAUCGUGAGGCGAAACUUAACUAAAAUGUCCGGUACCCAUAAAAAAAGAAAGACCUUUAUUUUAAUUAACAUGCAUAUUGCUGGAGAUAGAGUGAAAAGGGAUGUGAAAUAUUUUGAUAUGUUAAAAUAUUGAGGCGUGAUUAUACGUGAUUAACCAUGAUUAGUCUAUGAACUACGUGUUGCAACUAUUUCAAUCAAUUAAUUAAGACAUUCAAGGAAAAGUAAACAAAAUCAGGGGGUUUCCAAGAACAGAGAAGCAUUUGCUCCUUUCUGUAGAAAGUAGCUCUUUUAAAAUUACAAUAUACUGUCUACUUUACUGUCCAAGUUGAUAAUUAGUUAAGUCUUAGGCGCGUAUUUUGUCAACUGGUUGACGUAGAUAUUUCUGUACUAAUCUUCAGUGUUCAAUAAAUGUUCAGUCGCCUCUCUCUCUUUUCUCCGCAGAAGCUUAAAGUGGAAAAACUCCGCUGACCUUUUCACUUCUGCGCCUUCAGUCACAUUAGGGGAUCUCUAUAACGAACCCUCGAACCUCUACAGAGAAGAGAGAGUUGACACGAGUGUUGUACAAGAGUUCCAUUGCAGAAAGAAACAAAACUGGUUUUUUCCAAUGGCUUCUGCUCCACCGCCAGUGACAUCCACCAAGGAAACAACCAACUUUGCAAGGCUGUGUCGUCUGCUGGUUGACGUUGGUUCCCAAGCCCUGAGGGAUAAAUUCGACAGUAUCCAUGCACCAGGAAAUCUUCACACAGUUUUGGCAAGAAGUAAGACCACCAUACAAUCGCUAAGGAAAAAGAGAAUCGUUAAUCCAAUGCAGUGGAGUAAACUGUACCCUGCCGUACCCUCUUCGCUAUCAUCGGCACACUUUGACAUCACUGUAAUAGUUGUCCUGCUGAGGAACAUAUGCGGAUUGAAACCUCCAGUGACUGGUUGGGACAAACUUCCUUCUCCCGGAGACAUAAGUUGUGAGGCUGACAUUGUCCGUGUCAAGUAUUUUAGAAACACCAUUUAUGGACAUGCUGAGAAGGCGUCUGUGGAUGAUGUGACGUUCCAACAGUAUUGGCAUGACAUCCGAGAAGCAUUAGUGAGAUUAGGAGGGGCCCAGUAUGCAGUAGCUAUCGACAAGCUCAAGACCGAAUCCAUGGACCCGGAACUUGAAGAUGAGUUCAUAGAUCUUCUCAAGGAGUGGAAGAAGGACGAUGACGACAUAAAAGACAGGUUGUCAGAAGUGGAAACUGAGCUCAAGAAGGUGAAAGUGCAAGUUGACGCGAUGAUCCCUCCAAAGGAAGAGACGUACUUUCCUACUGAUAUCGUGGAAAAAAUUCGCCAAGGAUGCAGAGAAGAGGAAGGCAAGCUGCAGUCCCCUCCGUGGUGUGAGGAGUUUAACUUUAACCUAGUAAAUCUUUUCACCAGGCUAAAAAUCGUUAAAAAGGACGGGAAAAUCGGGCAAAUCGGGCAAAUCGACCAUUUGACAGAUAUCUUCAGAGUAGACAAACAUGGUCAGAAACCAAGGACUGUGCUAAUUGAGGGAAAAUCUGGCAUGGGAAAGACGACCUACUGUCAGAAACUGGCCUACCACUGGGCUAGUAAUCAAGAAGAAUUGGAGAAGCUUUCACCCCAAAUCCAGGUACUUCUGUCACUUAAAUGUGGAGAGAUCUCAUCAGACAUUUGGAAAGCAAUCGACUCUCAACUUCUUCCUGAGGAUGUUGACGAGCAAUCUAAGGAAAUGUUCUUUAAGUUUAUCCAAGAAAAUCAGUCCAAAGUUUUGUUGAUACUCGAUGGACUUGACGACAUGUCUCCAGAUAACCUGCAGAUGAUUUCCCAGCUGGUUAAAAGAGAAUUGCCACGAUGCUACUUCCUUCUUACCGCCGAAAGAGCAACAGCACUGAAAGUUAGAGAGUGCUGUGGUACUUGGCUGGAGAUACUGGGAUUCACUGAAGAAGAUGGAAAGAAAUUCAUCUGCGAUUACUUUAAAGACCAGGAGAGUUUGGCUAAGAAGCUGCUCGACUUGUUGGACGAGUUUGACAACUUGCGGAAAGAAUUGUUCCCCGGUAAUCCCAUAUACACAGCACUCCUCUGUCUUCUUUGUAAAGACCUGAAUGGUGUUUUCUCAACAAGCAGAACCCAGCUGUACACAGAAAUGAUACUUUGCGCCUUGAGAAGAAAUGAAACCAUAAAGGGGAAGUCGAGCAGCGAUGAAGAUCUGAUUGAAGUCUACAAAGACCAUCUCACUUCUCUGGGGCUCAUAGCUUUUAAGCUCCAACGUAAAGGAGACUCCGACUCUGAGGAAGACGAAGGGACUUUAAACAUAAAAGAGUUACCCGGGUUCACGUCAGCCCAGACUGUAAGAGGUACUUCGCGUCUGUGGUAUGGGUUCCAGCAAUAUUUUGCAGGCUUCUUUCUCGCCUUUCAGAUUCUCAGUGGCGAGAUUGACCUAAAUGCAAAAGUUGCUGAUGAAAGCUAUUUUGAACCACCGUUGAGACAAGUAUAUUUGUUCAUGAGUGGAAUUCUUAGCUUGAAAUCGAAAGAAAAGGCCUUGGAUCUUGUCAAAAGUAUUUGCUCUCGCAUAAAUUCACUAGCACUUGGAAAUGCUGAGGACAUCGAAGAGCUCCAGAUGCUUUUGCUGCUCGCUUUGGAGUGCUCAGAAUACGCAGCUAGCGAACAUAGAGAUCAUUAUAUUUUAACUUUAGGUUCCUCUCUCAAACUAGAAUUUUUAGCCAUUGGAAGACUUUCCUUUCCCCGUGAUUAUCACCAACCGCUGAAAUCAAACGCAUUCAUCAAGUGGUUGGAUGAGUACUCCACGUUCCGUACAUGUCGCGGCUGGUCUAACUUUGCCCGUCUUGUCGGACCUUUUUCUGAGGCCCUCAAAUACAAUACCACUCUGGAUUCUUUGCACUUGAGCGACACCUUUGGCAAAAUCGGUCCCUUUGGGGCAGAGGCUUUCUCUGGCGCUUUGAAGGUCAACAGCAGUCUGACCAACCUGGAUCUAAGGUCUAACCAGAUUGGCGCCUCUGGUGCCCAAGCACUGUCUGACGCGCUUGAAGUGAAUACUACUUUGACCAAGUUAGACCUAAGUGACAAUGAUAUUACUGCAUCAGGAACCAAGUUUCUUUCGAAGGCUAUUAAACUCAACACUUCUUUAACCACUUUGAAUUUAUCCUAUAACAAGGUUGGUGAACAAAGGCAAGGAAAAUCUCUUUGUCCACAAGAGAUUUCCAUGACACUGAUCUUACAUCAAAUCGGUCGCUGCACCCUUCCUGAGGCUUUGAAAAAGCUUGAUGAAUUUUCAACUGGGAUGGUUGAAACUAUGGACGACUAUGGCUUAUUUUCUCUCUCUGAGUCACUGAAAACAAACACCACUUUGACAAACCUGAAUUUGAAGGAUAAUGAGAUUGAUUGUGUCGCUGCCUACUAUCUCUCAGAAAGUCUUAAAACCAAUGCCACUCUGACUACUCUGAAUUUAAGUGGAAACAGACUUCUUUCUAUCGGUUCCAAAUGUCUUUCUUUGGCUCUUACAGCGAAUGGCACCUUGACGUCCUUAAAUGUGAGUGAUACUAGGAUUGAUGCCCAAGCUCUGUCUGAGGCCCUUAAAGUCAACGCCGCGUUGACCAGCUUAGAUUUAAGUAAUAAUGGGAUUGGUGACAGUGGUGCCAAAGCUCUCUCUGACGUUCUUCAAGUUAAUGCUACGUUGAAGAAGUUACGUUUAAGUUCGACUGAGAUUGGUGCAGAUGGUACCCAAUACGUUUGCGAAGCCCUUACUCGCAACAACACCCUGACUUCUUUAGAUUUCAGUUUUAAUAAAAUUGGGGGUGUAGGUGCACACUUCUUCUCUGAGGCCCUUAAGAGCAAUAAGGCUCUAAAUGAUCUGAAUAUGAGGCACACCCAGGUUGAUAAGCGUGGUGCUAUCGAUCUUUUUGAUGCCCUUAAACAAAAUACCACCUUAUCGACUUUGGAUUUGACUGGCCUUUGUGCUGUUUUCCCGUCCAAAGGAUGCAUCCAUCUUCCUUUUUGUCAGUUAUCAGAUGCCCUUAAGGUCAACACCACCUUGUCUUGUUUGAGACUGGGUCAAAAUGAUUUGCGGCCACCUGAUGCACAGGAUUUCUUUACAUCUCUAAUGGACAAUAAAACCUUGAAGGAACUCGACUUGGAUAAAGCGAGGUCGCGUUUCAAAGUGCCACGAGAAUUCCUUGCUAGCAAUACAGCUUUGACUCAUUUAAAUUUGAGUUCCUGCCUGUGUGAAGACCCUUCUGCUCUGGCUUCUUUCUUUAAAGCUCUUACAGUCAACUCAACCUUGACUUGCUUGAAGCUGAAAGAUGUCGAAAUCAUGGAUUCCACCUGGAACAGGAGUAAGAUUGGAGACUCCGAAUGUGAGUUGAUCUCCGAGACUCUGAAAGUUAAUACCACCUUGACAGAUUUGGAUUUGUGUAACAACUGGAUCGCUGAUGAUGGAAUCCAGUGUAUCAUGGAGGCUCUGAAAGUUAACACCACCUUAAAAUAUUUGAAUUUGAGUUGUCAGCGACGUAUGUGUAGAAAUGCAUUCGAUCCUCCAUCUCUCAGGAACGUCAAUACCAGUGUUUGUGUAUUGUGGUAACUAAUGAAACUUCCGCUCUAAAAGAGAUCGCAAGUGUUUAGCAACAUAACGCUAAGAAACGUUUUAAGCAAUUAAUUAUGAACUGAAGUUUCAUGAUUGCGUGGUUUAUAAGGAAUCAAUGUACAAUGACAGCCAAAGCAAAACUGAAACACAUCAAUUUAAAUUGAUGUUAGAAGUUUGGACGUAGGAAGUUUAUUACUCAGCAGCAAAACGGAUUCUGGAUAGCCAGCACUUUGCUUUUAAUUAACUAGAAAAAGCUGUCAUUUGCUACAUCUUGCUUCGUAGUAGUCUUGACAUAACUUUAUCUGCUGAAGAUUCAAAAUAAUUGUUUCUACUGGAAGUUAAACUCUUAUUAUUUCCAACGUCUAUUAGAUUUUGUUCAAUCUUCGUUGCCUUACCAAAUCGAGUCCUAUUUAGGAAUAUAUCUGUGUAGUUAGAAAUGUGCAGUUAAAGCCUGCUUGCGUUAAGUAUGGCAAAAAGACACCAACGAAUCAAAGGCAAUCGGUUACUAGGUGACUAAGUGGUAUUCUUCCACGUUGUGAUGUCUUAGAACGAAGCUGUAUUGGAUAGACAUGUGAAUAAGGUCGGUGAAAUUUUACAUUCAGCUAGCUAACUGUAACUGAAUGAUACAAUUUAAGGUUUGAAAUGGCCCAUUGCAACAAACGGUCACGACCGAAAAUCCUCAUACUGAACAGCAAACAAAAACAGCAGACACUAAACCGACAAAGUUACUUUAACCAGUUAAGCCUGAAUGUUCUUUGUUUGGAUGUCCGAGUACGUAGCUUGUCAUCAUGACAUUGCCCAGGCUGUAUUGUACCAAGUGAACGUUCGUUACAAUGAAGAAGGCCCACUUGGUAGCUUUUAGGCCAAGGUCAAACGUCGAACUUGAUAUGAGACGAACUAAAUUGAGCGAAUUAAUUUAAGUUCGACGUUUGACUCAGCUGGUGAGUUCGUCCAGCUGAAUUUCAAUCCUUCAACACGUUCCAUCCGUCUGCUUUAAAUCCGAAUUAAGUUCUACGUUUGACCCAACGAGAGAGCUCAAAUUGCAGUUAAGUUUGUCUCAUGAGGAGUUCAUCGUUUGACCUGCGCCUUACUGUUUCGGUGAAUUACCGUGUGUGUUAUUGUUUGUAUUUAGAACUAAGCGGUUUCCUAAGAAAAUUAAUGACAGCACAAUGAAAACAACACUGAAUAUACCAUUUAAAGUAUUGUCAGAAACGUGAUGUAAGUCUAAUCUUGUAAAAAACGAAAACUAGACUUAUUUGUUACCACACUAUAUUACAAGUAACAAGUUUAAGUAGUUAUAUAGUGCGCUCAAACGAACUCAGCACUGUACUAAAUUCAGUUCCAAUCUUACUUCAAAGUUACACAACUUAUUUUCGUAUACCUCGUUAUUGUUUAAACCCUGUUGUGUACGGUAGUAGAUUUUACCAAUAUGGUUCUUUACGAAGCUUAGAUUGAAAACAUAUUGUUACAUGUAUACUAAGUUUACUUUAGUGGUAAUCACGUGCCAAUCACGUGCCAAGAUAGCGGACUUUUAGUUAUACAGUGUAGUUACGUCUAAAGAUGAACGUUAUCUAGAAGAGGCAAACUACAGAAACAUUUUUAAAGCUGUUAGUAUACUUAUGAUUAGCUCUGGAGAUCAGUUAACUGAUGACUGGAUUGAAGUCCUCAUUCCAAACUAAUAAAAACUUACCUAGCGUUA